AAUACUUCCACUUUUUAGAUUUAUAAAUUGCAGUUAAUUUGGAUUACCAAAAGCAGCAAAUCUAGACAUGUCAGCGCCUAGUGGUAUACUGAGUAGCGGCCAUUUGGUACCUGUACUGGGAUUCGCCACUAGAAACCUCUUUGGAGAAAACGCCGAUAAUGCUAUUCUUACUGCAAUACAUUCUGGUUGUCGGCACAUUGACACCUCGACAAUGAAUGAAAAUGAAAUUGAUGUUGGAAAGUCUCUCCAGAGAAUAUAUCGCAAUGAAAAUAUAAAAAGAGAAGAUUUGUUUAUUUCUAGUAAGUAUUCUCCUGGUCACCUCAACUCAAACAAUGUGCGGAGUGACGUCAGAAAAACACUGUCAAAUCUGAAAACCGACUACUUGGAUUUAUGUCUUUUACAAAGUGCCAGCAGCAUUGCGGCUUCGAAAGGUUUAUCCCACACACAAACAAUUGAUUUUGCAAGGGAAUACGAUUACAUACGAAUGUGGAAAGAAUUGGAAACACUUCAAAGGGAAGGUUUGAUUCGAAGUAUUGGACUCUGUGAUUUUUCUGAAUACCAAAUUGAUAAAAUUAUGACAGGGACGUCUGUUGUACCGGCGAUUCAUCAGAUGGAACACAGUAAAAUAGAAGAACCUCAUGUUCGAUUUUGCAAAUAUAAUAAUAUUGUUUUGGCCGCCUACAUUCCUUUGAGACAAAAGACAGCAACAACAAAAUCGCUAUACAACGAUCGAUCAUCUGUGAAGGAGAUUGCGGUAAAGCAUGGAAAAACAACAACACAAAUUAUAAUGAGGUCAUACAUACAAAGAGGAGUUGUAGUAGUGAUAGAAAGUAUGAGAACCGCACAAAUAAACUGUAAAUUCAAGAUCUUUGAUUUCGUGCUCGACAGUACCGACAUGAAAAUGCUGAUGACGUCAUCAGCAGGAACAAAAACGAGGCUGCGCAGCACGGGUGGUUGCAGCUAUGCUCGCUUAAUAGACAUAAUUGAAGACAAGCCAAGUAUGCACCACCACAGAAGAUGGGAUGUGGAGAGGAUGUAUUCCGAAGAAGAAAAAUGAAAGUUGCACCUUUAUGUAUAUAUUCAUAAAUAAAAUGAUCUGACUCUCACCAAAUCAAUGUAUACUUGAGAUCCAGCAUAAGGCAUGUAUCGGCGACUAUUUCAUCGCGUCUAUUAAGUUGUAUUAGAGCAGGGGUGGAGGAAAUUUCCAUGUAACGGUCCUGAAUCUGAGAUACUGUAUAACAAUGUAAGAUUUAUGCUAAAACAGUCGCCCAAUUACGUCACUCGUGAAGAGCCGGAUCUUUUCAAUGGAUAA